ACAGUCGGCCAUGACAGUUUUAUGGUCCGAUCUCCAUGAUCUGGUUAGCGGAACUCGGACAGCAAUGCGUCGUUACAAAUAGAGCUGACAAGUCGUGUUUUUGACUAAUUGUUAAUCCAUACGCGAACAAUAAAAACAUGUUCAAUUGUGUGAGUUUCUUCGUUGAUAGCGACAAACAUCGCACGGGCAAAUACACGGCGUUUGCUUUUUCCCCUCCUGUUUGAACGAUGUAUGCAGUUGUGUUUUGUCUUGCAUUUUUUGGACUAGUGCAGGGAAUUCAACAUAGAGAUAUUUUGGAUCUUUACAAAUAUAGAUACCAUGGGAAUGGUAUAUUUUUUGAAGCUACGCACGGAGGAACGUGUAGCUACGACCCCCCGAGCAUGCCCCCCGUGGCCCGGUACAUAGACAGGACCAUCGCCAUCAACCCCCGCCAGUUCUACCGGGGAUACGCGUGUGGUGUUUGCUUUAGGGUAAACAUAGCUGGCAAAUCUAAUGGUGGGGCUCAAGUCGAUGAGACAUUUACCGUAUUUGUUAAAGACUACUGUCCAAAUUGUAUGCCAGGGAUACCCCUUUUAACGGAUGACGUUGAUGGAAGAAUGUGGAUGGAAAUGCAGGCAAUACAGUGCCCAGUAGGAAAUACAACACUGGAGUACAAAUUUCAGGGCAGCGGUCCUUACUAUAUAAAGCUUCAAGUCAGAAAUGCAAGAAUUCCUCCAACAAAAGUAGAAAUAUAUCAACCGAAGUGGCGACAGUGGACACCCUUGGCUCACACCACUGAUGGCUUUUGGACAUUUGGUACAGAACCUGUUGAAAGACCAGUAAAACCACCUUUCCGAAUUCGUUUGACUGCAGCAAAUGGAGAAAGAAUAGUUGACAGUGUUCCCGAUUUAGUCAACGGAGUUGUAAUGCAAGGUGAUGGAAAACAAUUUGAAUUUGAUCCAAACUUACCAAAAUAGAUUACCAGAAAAAGAGAUACAGCACCGAGUUUGGAAAGUGAAAAUUGUCUACUUCUAUGUUCAUCAAAUAUCCAUUGUUACUUUACAUUAAAUUUACUGAACUA